AUGGUGUCAACAUCCAGCCCGAAUCACCCUUCGUCCUAUGGGCCAUCCGAAACCGCUCUACUUCUCCUAGACUUUCACAACAUGUUUAGCGGUUUCAUCCAAGAAGCCGCAGAGAGAGAAAAGCUCAUCAACUCGACCCAAGCACUCCUGGCCGCAGCACGCGAAAGCAAGACACCUAUCCUACACUGUCUGAUCGACGCCUCCCGCGACCCUUUACCCACCAGCAAACUGGCUGAUCGCUGGGCGGAGCAGUACAAACCCGCUUUUGCAGGGAACCCAGAAUUUGCCGUGCAAAUGUCUGACGUUGCGGUUGACAAGGACUCAAAGACGGAAUAUUCUUUCAACAGACUGGCCGGCCGCGUCUCGGCCCUGAAUUCAGAAGGUAUCAUGGAGCUGUUACAGGAGAAGCUCGAAAUCAAGAGCUUAGUCCUCUGCGGCUUCGUUUCGAGCGGAUGUGUGUUGAGCACCGCGAGAAAUGGUGCAGAUGAGGGCUUUGUAAUCACAGUUGUGCCAGAUGCCUGCUGGGAUCGCGAUAUGGAGGUUCACAAUACUGUGAUGGAUCAUGUCAUUCCGAUGACUGGUCAUACUAUGGACUUGGAUGAGGCAGUUCGUGUUUUGCGGGGCAAUGAUGUGUCCAAGUAG